GGGGUGGUGGUGGCGCUUGCUAGCUACUGGCCGCCGAGGUAGAGGCAUUGGCGCUGGAGUUGGUCGGAGGCAGAGGCAGAUUUGAGGCUUAAGCAACUUCUUCCAGGGAAGAGUACCAGUGCAGCUGCUGUCGCAACCCAAGAUCUUUAUCCAUAUCCAUAGAUUGGAAUCCUGGUGGGUCAGCAAUCCUCAGACACCUCAUUUAGGACAGAUGAGGAAACUGAGACUUGGUGAAGUUACGAAACUUACUCAGAAUCACUCAGCUUGUAAAGGCCACAACCAAGAAUCACAGCCAGGUUGUAAAAAUUAAAAUGAACAAACUAAGGCAGAGUUUUAGGAGAAAGAAAGAUGUUUACGUUCCAGAAGCCAGUCGUCCACAUCAGUGGCAGACAGAUGAAGAAGGAGUCCGCACUGGAAAAUGUAGCUUCCCAGUUAAGUACCUCGGCCACGUAGAGGUUGAUGAAUCAAGAGGAAUGCACAUCUGUGAAGAUGCUGUGAAAAGACUGAAAGCUGAAAGGAAGUUCUUCAAAGGCUUCUUUGGAAAAACUGGAAAGAAAGCAGUUAAGGCAGUCCUGUGGGUAUCGGCAGACGGACUCAGAGUUGUGGAUGAAAAAACUAAGGAUCUCAUAGUUGACCAGACAAUAGAGAAAGUUUCCUUCUGCGCCCCAGAUAGGAACUUCGAUAGAGCCUUCUCUUACAUAUGUCGUGAUGGCACCACUCGGCGCUGGAUCUGUCACUGCUUCAUGGCUGUCAAGGACACGGGUGAGAGACUAAGCCAUGCAGUAGGCUGUGCUUUUGCAGCCUGUUUAGAGCGUAAGCAGAAGCGGGAGAAGGAAUGUGGAGUGACUGCCACUUUUGAUGCUAGCCGGACCACUUUUACAAGAGAAGGAUCAUUCCGGGUCACAACAGCCACUGAACAAGCAGAAAGAGAGGAGGUCAUGAAACAAAUGCAAGAUGCCAAGAAAGCUGAAGCAGACAAGACAGUUGGUUCAUCAGUGGCCCCUGGCAACACUGCCCCAUCCCCGUCCUCUCCCACCUCUCCCACUUUGGAUUCCACUGCCUCUCUGGAGAUGAACAAUCCUCAUGCCAUCCCACGCCGGCACGCGCCUAUUGAACAACUUGCUCGCCAAGGCUCUUUCCGAGGAUUUCCUGCUCUUAGCCAGAAGAUGUCACCCUUUAAACGCCAACUGUCCCUACGCAUCAAUGAGUUGCCUUCCACUAUGCAGAGGAAGACUGAUUUCCCCAUAAAAAACGCAGUGCCCGAGGUGGAAGGGGAAGCCGAGAGCAUCAGCUCCCUGUGCUCACAGAUCACCAAUGCCUUCAGCACACCCUCUGAGGACCCCUUCUCGUCUGCCCCAAUGACCAAACCAGUGACCAUGGUGGCACCACAAUCUCCCGCCUUCCAAGCUAAUGGCACUGACUCAGCCUUCCAUAUGCUUGCUGCUAAGCCAGCCUAUACUGCUCUAGCACCCGUAGCAAUGCCUGUGCGUGAAACCAACCCUUGGGCCCAUGCCCCUGAUGCUGCUAACAAGGAAAUUGCAGCCACACUUUCGGGGACCGAGUGGGGCCAAUCUUCUGGUGCUGCCUCUCCAGGUCUCUUCCAGGCUGGUCACAGACGCACUCCCUCUGAGGCCGACCGCUGGUUAGAAGAGGUGUCUAAGAGCGUCCGGGCUCAGCAGCCCCAAGCCUCAGCUGCCCCUCUGCAGCCAGUCCUCCAGCCGCCUCCACCCACUGCCAUCUCCCAGCCAGCACCGCCUUUCCAAGGGAAUGCAUUCCUCACCUCUCAGCCCGUGCCAGUGGGUGUGGUCCCACCCCUGCAGCCAGCCUUCAUCCCUGCCCAGUCCUAUCCUGUGGCCAACGGGAUGCCCUAUCCAGCCCCUAAUGUGCCUGUGGUGGGCAUCACUCCCUCCCAGAUGGUGGCCAACGUGUUUGGCACAGCAGGCCAUCCUCAAGCUGCCCAACCCCAUCAAUCCCCCAGCCUGGUCAAGCAGCAGACAGUCCCUCAGUAUGAGACAAGCAGCGCUACCGCCAGCCCCUUCUUUAAGCCUCCUGCUCAGCACCUCAAUGGUUCUGCAGCUUUCAAUGGUGUAGAUGAUGGCAGGUUGGCCUCGGGAGACAAGCACACAGAGGUUCCUGCAGGCACCUGCCCGGUGGAUCCUUUUGAAGCCCAGUGGGCUGCAUUAGAAAGCAAGUCCAAGCAGCGCACUAAUCCCUCUCCUACCAACCCUUUCUCCAGCGACUUACAGAAGACAUUUGAAAUUGAACUUUAAGCAGUGGCUAUGGCUUUUGUUUUUUUUCCAUACUUAGGCAAGGGCCGGGGGGUGGGGGGUCAAAGGAGGAAAGAAGACUUUGUCUUUCGAUCUGUUUUCUCUAAUCCCAAAGGUCCCAAGGAACAAGUCCAGGCACAGAGCACAGUGAGGGGUGAUUCUGAAUGAGGUGGGGGAGACCAUUCCUAGAGAAAGCCGUCUUGCAUUUAAGCUACGAAGUCCAGAUAGAUGUUGCCCUCUGUCUCUCUUCCCCUUACUCCCUUACAAACCUCUGGCAACAGAGAGGCAGAGCUACCCAAACAGGAAAUCUAUUCAAGCACAUUUACUGGAAUAUAAAACACAAUGGGAAGCAAACCAAUCUCCCCUUGGUUUCCAGGCCAUGUACCUGCCUCCUCUCAGCGCUGGC